UCAGAGACAGACACAAACCCAGAGGAGCACAGCGCACAGGUUUCACCUCCUCUUCCUCCUCAUCACCUCCUCUCCAUCAUGGAUUCUCCUCGGGCUCGUGCCCUGCUCUCCGCCGGAUAAACUUUGGACUUACUCUCGUAUGAUGGGAAUAUACUGCCUGUGCGCUCGGCCCCGUGGAUCUAUACUGUCUUAAUGGAAACCAUGUCACCGCAGCAGGGGACCAUGGGACAGAACAGGUCUGACUCUCUGACGGGAGAGAGCAAGACUCUUCCCGACAACAAAAAGAAGAUGAAGACCUUGGCCCAGAGACGACAGUCAGCUCCCUCGCUGGUCAUCAGCAAAGCACUUACCAGAUCGAGAAGCACAUCCAGAGAAAGCUGUUUGACGCCAGUCAGCCCAGAAUCAUGUGCCCUUGUCCAGGCCUUCCUGGCAGAAUGUCCAGGCCGUCUGUUCCUGGGUCAUGCCCAAACACAACUGAAGACGGGCCUUCAGACCCAGGAGAGACACCUCUUCCUCUUCACCGACACGCUGCUCGUCGCCAAGGCCAAGUCUCCAACUCAUUUCAAGGAGAAGUCCCAAGUCAGAGUGUGUGAAAUGUGGACUGCCAGCUGCAUAGAAGAGGUGUGUGAGGGAAGCACCAGCCCAGAGAGAAGCUUUGUCAUGGGUUGGCCCACCUGCAACUUUGUGGCCACCUUCAGCUCUGAGGAGCAAAAGGACAAGUGGUUGGCACUCAUCAAAAGUCGGAUCAUUGAGGGAAAAGAGAAGGAUGACCCCAAGACGAUUCCUGUGAAGAUAUUUGCAAAGGAUAUUGGAAAUUGCGCAUAUGCCAAAACACUUGCGGUCAGCAACAGUGACAGCACCACUGAUGUCAUCCGCAUGGCUCUGCUGCAGUUUGGCAUAUCAGGAUGCGUGAAAGAUCACCGAUUGUGGGUGAGCUCCUGUAAGGACGAGCCUCCAUACCCUCUCAUUGGUCACGAGUUUCCCUUCAGCAUUAAGAUGAGCCACAUUCGGGAUGGUGGGAGCAGUGGUGGAGGACUGGGAGGAGGAGCAGGGAGGGAUCCAACAAGUCCCACAGGAGUGCUGCUGCUGGACCAGUGUCUCCCACCAGACACCCAAUGCCAAUUUAUCCUCAAACCCAACAAGGUUGCCCCAGCACAGGCAUCACUUAUAGAGCCUGGUCAGCAGAAAUCUUUUAAGAGGAAGAGGUCUCUGAUCAACUGGCCUUUCUGGAAAGGUUCCAACACACAGCUGGACAGCCUGCCCCUGUCCCCGACCUCGCUCUCCCCCAUUCAGGGACGGCUGUUCGGACGACCCUUGAGCUCCGUCUGCUCUCCAGAACACGGCCUGCCCAAGCCUGUCAUGGACAUGUUGGUGUUCCUGUACUUAGAGGGCCCGUACACCAGGGGCAUCUUCAGGCGGUCAGCUGGGGCCAAAGCCUGUCGGGAGCUUCGAGACAUACUGGACAGUGGAACCGAGGACCCGGAGAUCACACACCAGUCUGUGUUCGUCAUCGCUGCUGUCCUCAAGGACUUCCUGCGAAGUAUCCCUGGCAGCGUGCUGUGUGUGGAUCUGUAUGACCAGUGGAUGGAUGUGACCGAAGUUGAGGCAGGGGAAGAGAAGAUACAAGCUGUCCAGAAGUUGCUCCACCUCCUGCCUAGUGAAAAUCUGCUUCUGCUGCGACAUGUGAUCGCUGUGCUGCACUGUAUCCAAGGCAACGCCCACGACAACCAGAUGAACACCUUCAACCUGUCCGUCUGCAUCGCGCCCAGCAUGCUUUGGGCUCCGGCACCAAGCACCCCCGAGGUGGAGGGGGAGGGCACCAAAAAGGUGUGUGAGCUGGUUCGCUUCCUCAUAGAGAAAUGCUGCAGCGUCCUGGGAGAGGACGUCACUUCGCUGUUCAGAAGCUUCAGUCAGAAGAGCAGCAGCAGUGACCACGGAUCAGAUGUUUCAUCAUUCCAGAUGAACGACUCAUCCUAUGACAGUUUGGAGAAUGAGCUGAAUGACGACCCGGAGUCUCCCUACCAGGAACAACUGCCCCUCCGUGAUAAAGACAAGCCGGACAGCCGCAGCCGUGACUCUGUUAUCACUCUCAGUGAUUGUGACCCUGAUCCCGACCCUGAGGCUGACCUCCUACUGCAGCUCCCCCCCUUGGCCAGACCCAGGAGGUUCAGCCCAGCGGUUCGACAGCCCCGAGCCCGCCAGGCCAACGGCCCAUCACAGGGUCCCAGGAGGCUAAGGAGGAGUUCGGAGCCCGCCUUGGCCCUGGCAAGCACAACACCCUCGGGUACAGUGAGUGUUCAAGCCGAUAACCACUGCCUACCAGUUAGGAAGGCGAGUUAUGAUGCUGCCAUGGAAGGGGAGGGGGAGGAGGAUGAGGUGUUUCUGGAACAGGGGUUGAGUGGGUUGCAGCUGAAGGAGGAGGAAGAGGAUAGAUGUGAAAAGACAGGAGCUAAAGUCUGUAAUGGUGGUCGAAGGAAAGUGAAGCAUGCCCCUCCACCUCCUUUGCGACUGGAUGCCAGCUGUUCCAGUCUAUCAUCCCCGGCAACCUCUCCCACAGGCUCCUCCCUCAGCUCUUUGGACUCCGCCUUCUCACAGUACUCUACUGACUACACCACCAAUGGGGCGAUUCCAUUGGCUGAGCCUGCUCCUCUCUCCCCUCUCAUUCCUGGGCGGCCUCGGCUGUCACCCAGGGACUCCCCUCCACAGAGGGAAGCCCCGCCUCAUUGGCCACAGCCCAUCCUGCCCCCUCGAACCAGCCAAACCCCCUCACACACUCAUGGCCUCCACCCUAACACGUGGCUCAAGAAGGAACGCCCUUUGUCACUAAGGCAGCAGGAUAAUAGACACAAAGAGGAGGACACACCUGUUGUAAAUGGGAAGAUUCACCAAACCUGUAAUGGCUACUCCACCAGUGCCCAGGGGGCCGUGGUAACAAAUCGAAACUGCCAACGGAGAUCAAGCAGCCCUCCAUCCUACCAGCAGGCUCUGCUGCAGCUGCAGCACAGCCGCUGUCCGUUUUAUAGAGGAACAGAUAAACCUCUGACGGUCAGAGAGCUCAGGCAGCUUCACGACCAGACCUCCACCUACAGAUCCCCAAUCUCCGCUUCCCCUAACAAACCCAAACCACAAACAGGAUGUGAGGUCACACAGAGGCCCACUAGAAAUGAGUGUGCGCAGCCCCCACAGGGGGUUUUCUACGGGCAGAGUGCCACCACUCUGGUACUCCAGAGGCAAAAGUCCCACUCUCUAACUCCAGCCAUGGAAGGACACAAAGGGACAAGGACCCUUGCCCUUCCCCGUCGAGCAUCUGAACCUUCCAAGGUCAGUGCCGACUUAAACCCUUCCUCCAGUCUCACCCUGGACAGACCUCACUAUUCGAAAGGUCAGCAUAAAGAUGGUGGCCUAAGAGUGUCAGAGGUGGAGCCCAAUCACAGCCAGCCACGCUUCUGCCUGUCUCCAUCUGCCACCCGGGCUGUAAGGGACUACUUUUCCUCCCAGGGUCAGGAGGAUGAAGAUUCCUGCAUGAGGAAUAGUCAGGAGGUGGCACUGGCUAUUGUGCAGGGGAAGAGAGAAUGGCAAAGCAGGAGGUGCAGUGACCCACGAGUGGACGAGUUUGACCAGCUUUUUUUUGCAGAAGAGUCAUAUGUGUAAAUAAGAACUUUGUACAGAACUGUGUAAGAGAGAUUGUUUUCUUAAUCUGAUAUGAUGACUUGUGUAAAACCGUCUUCAUUUUUGAUGUCAUAAUGUUCCUCCAUAUAACCCUAUGGCCUCCGGGCAGCAGUAGUCAGCCUGAUACAAAAAGGUGUUGCAAGUUACUGAAAUGGUACAUUUUCUUUAAAAGGUACAGAAAUCCUUCAAACCUGCUCACAGUGGCGCUGUUAGUGAUAGCCCAAAAUAUUCUACAAAAGAAGUUUAAAAGUGCUUUCAUUUACUUUACACUGAUGAUCACAUUUGGGACCCUAGAAAAUUAUUUGUUGAGUAGUGAUUAUUGAUUAAAUAAACUCUUUACAGAGAAGAUGGAGUUUAAUAAAACAUCUGCAUCUGGAAACAAGCAUUAGUCAGCAUUAAAGUUCUCGUGCCAUAAUCUUGUUCCUCUGAAAAAUAUUUUUGUCCUUAUUUUGCCUUCGGAAUGUAUCACAGCUUCAGCACUUGGACAUACAAAGUAAGGAGGAGGAAGGCAAAGCAGCCUUUUGUCUCAUUCCCUGGAAGCUUAUAGAAUGAAAGUUUAUUUUUAUCAUUUCUCAAGCCAGAAGAAAAUCUAUAAAGACUGAUGGAAAAUUAAGACUAGGCCACUGAUUUUUCUAGUCAGUUUUUACCUGGGAAGAGCAGAAAUUUCUCCAAAACUGCAUGAAUUUGCAACUUUUACUGUAUACUGUCAUACUCCUUGCAGUUGGCUUGUGCAGAAAGAAAUGCACCAAGGUAGCAAUUUUUCAGGUGGUACAAGUUUUGGCACAAUGAACGACAUCAAUUUGUUCACACUGACUGCUGUGUCUUCAUGCAAAUACUAUGAACAUGUCUUUGGCUUUAUCCACAACACCUGUGUUGUUUGCUCUUGUGUUUUAGGGAAGAUGGGCUGCUGUACAUACUUAUUCCUUGAGAAAACAGAACACCUUAGAUUAUUUUAAUGGCUUUUGUACCUUUUAUGAAAAAGUUCAUCUGUAAAGUGAAGUAUUUUUCCCCAGAAAGUGAAAUUUGAUUGAAUCAGUGAAUCAAUAGUGCUGGUAUUUAUUCAUAUGAGUCGAGUUUCCAGACACACAGCACACGGUGUUGUCCUCUGUAGCUCUGGUUUAUAUUGCUGUGACCUGGGAAGGAGGGGAGGUGGGAGGAAGAAGGAAAAUCCAUCGAGGUGCAUGUGUGUGAAAGAAGGUCAGAAUGUUGCUGAAUAUGAUUUGAUCAUUGACAGUGUGUCCUGAGCAGGAAUGUGAGAAAACCUGUGCCAUUGAGGGAGAAAACUUCUUCAGGCUUGCUUUCAGAGUACUUCAUUACUCUCACCAAGAAACCCCCUCAUUCUCGCAAGAAUGACAAGGACACAGCCUGGUGUUUGUGUGUGUGUGUGUGUGUGUGUGUGUGUGUGUGUGUGUGUGUGUGUGUGUCUGUGCGUUCAAUGCAUCAUUGUUGUCCAUAAUAAGUUCCAGUGUUGCCACGAUUGCAGUACUGAUUUCUUUGGUGACACUUAACAAUAAAUGACCUUUUUUCACUGUGUUUUAAUUAAUUUGAAUUAAUUUUGAAUAAUUAAAGAAAACUCACUGAUAAUAUAUUCUUAGCACAGUGUGAGAGCAGUUUUCAUGAGUAUUACCACAGUGUUCUUACGACCUUAACAUCACUUUUUCCACAGGACCACACACUGGAAUAAGGCCAUUGUCACGUUAAGUGUUUCCAUUUAAAUGGUCUCAAAAAGUACUUUAUCAUGUAUUAUUAAUGUUGUUAUUACCAUUACAGUGAAAUGUGUCCAACCUGUAUAGUUCUACAUAUUUAUGAUACAGAAAUAUAUAAUUAUAUAUAAAUAUAACAUCUUGUUUCUUUGGUAUGUUGAGUUGUGUGAGAAAAUCAAAUGUGUAUUUUUGUACAUGCCAAUUUUGCUGCUGCUGUCUCUAUAGAAAGUAUAUUUGCUACAAAACGCACCAUUUGUAUAUUUGUGUACAUCUGAUGUCCAGUGCUCAUGAGGACAAAAUAUCAUUGAUUUUAAUAAAUGUCGCUCUUGUGAAAGUA